UCAGUUAAGUAUUUGUGCAGUUUAAGAGCAAUUAUUUUAAUCUAUCAACAGCAAUAUAUACACUGGGCAUCAGAAUUUUCAAUACUUGUUUUACUACUUUUUAAAUAGUUUAUUGAAAGGUUAUGUUACUUUUACAUUAAGAAAAAUAUUUGUGCAUUUCUUAUGUGGAUAGCAACAUCUAAGUAUACAUUUGAUUGUAUGACACUGGAUCUCUGUAAAAUGUGGUGCAUUCAUGUAACUUUUGAAGACACCCACUUGAAGUCAGAAGCCUCAUAUUAACUUCAGAUAAACUUUGCACGGAGUGACGACUGGAUUUUAUGUCCAAUCACUUACACUGGAUGCAUGUUAGAAAGGGAUCUUUAAAUUGCCAGUAUGAACAGGAGGAACGAUCACAGCAAUCAUUAACUGUUUAAAUGUACAUGUUUUUAUCCUAUCUUUUAAGAAAAUAUGAGAAGCAUCCAGUUUUAUGAAUUUAUCACAAAUUCUUAAUUCAAAAAAGAUAAUUUAUAGCUGGGCUGGACCAUUUAGGUUUAUUUGGUUUAUUAAAACAUCUGCGAAAAAUUAGCAAAAGCUUACUACAGUAACUCCGAAGCUCUAACAGAACAAAUUGCUCGACAUCAGGGCUCCAAAUGGCAUGUUAUUUCCUUCCACAGGAAAGGAAAAAAGGCGUUGCUUGGUGUGAUUAGUUUUUUUACUCCACUACAUUCAGUGUCGGCAGAGAAGUAUCCCUCUCCUACAGUUUGAUGUACACAGACUUGAUUUUUGCUCAAAGAAGUUAAUUUGCCUUCCUCAAGCAGUCUGUCCAGACAGAAGACAAGAAGAGACCUUCAAAAUGUGCGACGGAAGAAAACUGCUUCUAGCUUCAAUUGUUUUCACAGCUCUCCACUACAAAAUGACUGCAGGGAGCGCAAAACUGCUGGACAUGGCCCCAGAUGCUGUAGAUUACGUGUACGAUGGAUGCCGCAAAGAGGCCAUGGAGAAGUUUAUCCAUUUAGGCCUUUUAAGACAGGAGCUAAACAGCAGUGCAGGAUUCCAGAAAGCAUGGAGUGCAAACACCAUAUGUUCAAAGCUGAUCCCUGGAGGAACAAAAGAACAUACUGCUGCACUUUUGGUAUAUGCUAAUGGGAAUGAAGAUUUCACACAGACCUUUGACAAUGCAGUAGAGACAAUGGGCGGAAAUGUUACCACCUAUGAAAACCAUUUCCAUUUCAAGUCCCUUCACUUCCUGCUCAUGGAUUCAAUGUCGCUGCUGAAGCCAAAGAAGUGCAAGACUGUGCAUGUUCUCCUGGACAAAUACACAGCACAAAAGGGCUCAAAGGUGAGAUUUGGAAGCUUCACCAAAGUUGAGUCAAACUAUCAGUCUUUCAAGAAAUGGCAUGAUUUUGACGGGCAUAUCGUCUUUAAUAUCACUUCUUGCUUCUUUGUGAACCUGGGAGACAAUAUUUGCAGUGCAGACAAGGAAAUUGAACUCUUAUCUCCAGCUGAAGUUUUUACUGUGGAGACAGUAAAUGCACAAGGAGUAGAGAGGGGAGUGAAAGAAGAUAGGGACAUUUGGGAUAAACAGAGAAGAAUAUGA